ACGCGUGUGCGGCGGGUUUACUGUCUUUAGGGGUUAGGUUCGCGCGACGGUUACGCUUGCGACGCACUUUUUACCAUCGAUUUAUAAAUACAACCAAAUUUGUUCAUUGCAAAACUACUUCAACGAGUUAUAACGACGCCACAGAGUCGUCAUGCGUGUGCAGAGAGUUAACAAUAACGAUAAUAAUAGUUUAUCGAUGCCUGAAAGGAUUAAUAGUGUUGUGAAAAGUGUGACAUGGGAUAUGCUGGCACGACUCUCCACGCUUGGAAAGAUUUGGCGAGCGGCGCGUGUCCCCGGAUAUGUCCGCUCAACGGGGAGCCGGUGUGCAGCAGCGACGGGGUGAUCUACGCGUCGCCGUGCGAAAUGCGGAAGAAGACGUGUGGAAAAGGCGUGACCGUGGCCGUGGAGAAGACCGCUUGCCUGAGGUCGUCCGGUAGCAAGUGCGAGCACCGGUGCCCGGGCGAUCAGGAUCCGGUGUGCGGCACCGACGGCCGCACUUACCUCAACAAGUGCAUGCUCAGGGUCGAGAUCUGCCGAGUCGGCAUCGAGCUGUCCCACCUGGGCCCCUGUAACAACAUCUCGGCGCACAGGGAGAACUGUCCGGUGUCCUGCGAGUACGCGCCCCUCGACGGCCCGAUCUGCGGCAGCGACGGAAACGUCUACAAGUCCACGUGCCAGAUGAAGCUGCUCACAUGCGGGCAAGGCGUGGUGCGCACCAACAAGAAACAUUGUCAGACCACCAGACACUGUCGGGAGUCCUGUUGGCGAGGUGCCAAGCCGGCUUGCGGCAGCGACGGCAUCCUCUACUCGAACACCUGCAAAAUGCGAGCGAAGAAUUGUGGCAAGCACGUGUUCGAGGUGCCGAUGUCGUUCUGCAUAUCACAGGAAAGGACGUCCGGCGGCCAGGCGAACGCCUGCCCCUUGGACUGCAAGAACGAGCCGGAAGCGCCGACCUGCGGUUCGGACGGUUUCAUCUACAGGAACGAGUGCGAGAUGCAGAUGCUGAACUGCGGGCAAGCGAGGAGAAAGGUGAGCGUGGUGGACUUCGACAAGUGUCAGUCACGGCUGAACAGGUGCAUGAAGCAGCAGCUGCGGUGCGGGACCGAGGUGGAUCCAGUUUGCGGCAGCGACGCGAACACUUAUACGAAUCAGUGUCAGUUGAACGUCGCCAAUUGCUUAAAGGGCAUUCAGCUGGCUCACGUCGGAGAGUGCACGACCUUGAAGGGAGCCGAACAGUGCCCCGAAGACUGCAGCGAGCUGCCCGAGGAACCAGUUUGUGGAAGCGACGGGAACGUUUACCGGUCCCUCUGCCAUCUGCAGCGCGAGACGUGCGGUCAGAGAGUGAUUCAAGUUCCGGCGCAACAUUGUCCUACCACCGCGCUCUGCAACCAGAUUUGCAGCGGGGAACGCCAGUUCGUUUGCGGCUCCGACAACAAGUUCUAUCGCAACGAGUGCGAGAUGAAGAGGGACAACUGCGGAAAACACGUCUACGUGGUCCCUAUGAAAAGAUGCGUGCAGGGCUUCCUGUUCCGCGGCUGUCAGAAGAUCUGCCCGCCCUAUUACGACCCCGUUUGCGGCACGGACGGCAUGACGUACAGCAACGAGUGCUUCCUCGAGAUCGAGACCUGCCGCAGCCGAAACGUGGUCACGAAGAAAUACCACGGGGUGUGCGGCCAGCCGACGGAGGAGCCGAAGAACUAUUUGUAUUAAAGCCGACCGGUUUUUAUCCACACGGAAGUCUCUGUAGAGAAAUACUCUUUCGAACGUCUACUCGCUUCAGGACAGCUCGAAGAAACGGAUAUAGAAAAAGACCACGGAUACAGAAAUCUAAGGAAGAGAGAAAAAGACAACGAUCAGGACAAGGUCCCCUCGUGUCGACGAUCGAUCCUCGCGCGCGCGCAAGACAAUCACUCCGGCGAUCGAACCGCGAAUCGGUCGCGAUAGAUCGGGACACGAUGCCCGCCCGAGCGCCGAUCGUGUCCCGAUUCUGUCCCGAUCGUGUCCCCAUCGACGAUCUCGCGCUCUGUCCUGCCGUAGCGUCGCUCGGAAAUAGGGUCGAAAGUUUGCGAGGGCAAUACGGAAUUAAUCGACAAUCGAAACCCUCGAGAAUUAUCCCCGAGGUCAACGAUCAGGGACUGAUACUUGACUCGUAUUUCGUUGACGGAAGCCGAUUUUGACGGGUGCACGAGCGUAGUCGUUUGGCAGACUGUAUGUAUUUAUUUCGGUACGAAUCUCACUGCAGCAGAUCGAUCGCGCGUAGAUCCAUCGAUUUUCUUCGCCACGUGCUCGCCGGUACAAUCAUUCUUAUUUAUUUUAGUAUUAUUAUUAUUAAUUAUUGCAUUGCCGUUGCGUCGGUUCUCCUCUUUGAUCGCUGUCGCUACAGUAACACGACGAUUCCGAGACGCGCGUAGCCCCUAUUCUAAUCGCAAAGACACUAUUUAGCUACUUGUAUUGACCCUACGACGUUGCGAUGUGUCUUCGUAUUACGAUUUUUAACUCUUUAUCAUCGUAUCCUUAAUUUAUUUAUCGAACAUGCGGCGAUCCUUAUCUUUGUAUCGACACUAACUAACACUCGUGCUUCGAAUGUCAAUAAUAAAGUAUAAUAUACGGAUAUUUUAAGGUAAA